AUGGCAAUACCCUGUGUGAAUGCACAGUCUGCGGAGUCUCAAAGACUUCACCAUUUUCUGUGUUGCAAUGUCAGCAAAGCUUUGACAAGGAAAUACUUGCACAGGAGCUUUUUGCUUUGUCCAAACUGUAACAGGGAGUUCCCUUCUAUCAAGGCAAUCAUUCUGCAUCUCAAUUCUCAGUCUACCUGUUGGCCUCACGAAUCACGUUCACAUUCAUCACGAUCAUCUACCACCGGCCAUUAUCAUCCUCAAUCUGGCUAUAUCUUCGGUGUCGGCAAAAACCUAUUCGACAGGUUGCAAGAAGAUCCAUAUGAUUAUUGGAGAAAAAGCAACACUUAUUAUCCUUUUCAUGACGAAGGGGAGUGGGAAUUGGGAAGGUUUCUGGUUGAAAACCUGACUCAAACUCAGAUCGACAAGUUUUUGAAGUUGAAAUGGUUUCACACCCGUCCAAGACCAUCUUUCUCCUCAAAGGACCAACUUCUAGACUGGAUCGAUGCACUGCCAUCAUUUGUGCCAUGGAAGGUCUCAAACAUAGAGUUUACAGGCUACAAGACUACUUACCCUGUGCAACUCAUCUGGCAUGAUGCUUUAGAGGUCGUCAAGCAGCUCUUCAGUGAUCCGGUUUUUGCCAAUCACAUCACCUUUCAGCCCCAUGUUGUCAAUACUGGAGGUCAACGAGAAUAUGGGGAUUAUAUGAGUGCCGAUAUGGCAUGGAAAAUCCAGGACCAUCUCCCGGUCGGUGCUACACAAGUACCGAUCAUCUUGGGGUCAGAUAAAACACCUGUGACAUGCACCACUGGAGGGCUCGAGAUGCACCCACUCUUCAUCACAAUCGGUAACCUCGAUUCAGAAAUUCACUCCAAGGCCACACUACGAGCUUGGCGUUGUAUCGCUUACAUGCCCAUUGCUAAGUUUCGUGUACAUCCUGACUAUCAGGGCAUUCUGCAGGCAAGACUAUGGCAUAAAUGUGUCGAUCUUGUGUGCGCCAGCCUCAAGGUUGCAGCAAAGGAUGGUUGUUUUAUGCCUGAUCCUUCUCGAUACAUUUGUUAUGUCUUUAUGCCACUUGUCACUCACAUAUGUGACCUGCCAGAGGCUACCAUGAUCACCACAGAGGUCGAUCCUUGGGAUCUCGACGCAUUCCAGAAGGCAGCAAAAGUGGUUCACCUGUCUGGAGUUCACAUGCCAUAUUGGCGUGAUUGGAUAUAUGUGUGCCCAUCUGUCUUUCUUACUAGUGAAGUUUUGCAUUCCUGCAUCAAGUUUUUUGCAGACCAUCCACUCAAUUGGGUCAAGGAGACGGUAGGAAAACAUGAGCUCGACACUCGCUUCAUGGUUCAGCAUAAGCGGGUGGGAACACGCCACUUCACCAAAGGUGACUGCGAGCACCAAGAUAUUCAAUGUACCAUUGUUGCUUCAAUUGCAGGCGCUGCUCCACCCAGAUUCAUUCGUUCAAUCUGCGCCCUCGUAGAGUUCAUCUAUCUUGCCCAGAAUCCCGUUCAUUCUCCCAAUUCCCUACAAUCAAUGGUUCAGGCACUUGCAGACUUUCACAGAUUCAAGGAUGCUAUCAUCGAUGCUGAGGCAAGGAGGGGAAAGAAGGGCGUGAAGGAAGAUUUUUUCAUCCCAAAAUUAGAGCUAUUGCAAAGCUUCAGAGGCACAGUUGAGAGACUAGGCUCUUUGAUGCAUCGGCGGUCUGCUGACUUUACAGAGCAGUGCGUACGGAUUCUCAGUCGCCACGAGUCAAUGGAGUUAUUUAACCUGUAUGCACUAUUCUAUUCUCAAGUAACAACUGUCAAUCCAGCACUUUCUUGGGUUUCUCAUGUUCUCCCUGAUGAAGCGCAUUCUGUUCACGGACCUCGACCAGUUCGGAAUCAUUUUCUCAAGGGUGUUCUUUCUGGAGACGCUCUCACUGCCUUCCAUCUGACUUCAAUGCCAGAUUUUAAGGCCCUGACAGCUACCAGUAUUCAAACCAAAUACUCACUUGUCGACUUCACUCAUGCGCUCUCUCAGUUUAUUAAUCGUCUAUCCCUCUCCACUGGCGAGCACACCCAUUGGGACCAUAGAUAUGGUCACUUUCGCACGUGGAACAAAUUCCGACUACAACUUCAUUCUGCGCUCCAGUCACGGGUCAUCAUGCCCAGUAGAGUGAUACAAGUGUACCCACCAAGUGAUGCAUUCCCCCUCGGAAACUGUGAUACCAUCCUAAUCAAUGUCGCAGGCAAUAAUGGCCAAAGUACCAAUCGUGUUGCACAAGUUCGGCUUAUUUUUCAGCCAAAGAUUCCACAGGUGUCUGACCUGGUGCUGCCAACAUUCCUCUCCAGUCCACUCCUCUACAUCCAAUUCUUCCAUUUCGUCGCUAAUCCCAAUGAUUGUCCCGAACUUGCAAUGUGGACGAUAGAGCGCACAUACAUGGUAGACAAACAUGGCAAACACUAUAGGUGUGGUGGUGUGGUAUCAUUGGUGGAUGUAACACACGCUGUUGAAUUGAUACCAGAAUAUGGUAGCAAGGUGGACGAGAAGAUUUCUUCAGCCACUUGUUUGGAGGGUUAUGACCGGUUUUUCCUGAACAGCUUUGCAGAUAAGGAAAGUUAUCAUACAUUUAGCACAGAGUUCACAUAG